GCUCCCUUGGCCCUGCGCGCUCCCGGCCCAUCUCGUUGCCCACAGUGAGAGCGCUCCUGGCAUGGAAGUUGGAUCGGUAUUUUAGUGUCGUUGUAGUCCCUGGCUCUCGUAUGAUAUGGCCGUACUAACUGAGCGACGCAGCGGCAAAUUCUACCACGACUGGCCUUCCUACCAUCCUAGCUAAAAAGACGGAAAGCCCCUGAUCACAACCGCCUCGGGAGGUCGAGGACAACGUCAAAGAAGCGCACUGUCAAAGGACUCUGCAACAAGCUGCAGUAAUGCAGACCGCAAACCCCCCGACGACGAGGAUUAGUAUUAGGACUGAGCAAGCGCAUCUCGUGACCAAUUCUCAAGAGCCCAUACUAGUCAGUGCAGUCGACAUUAUCAGUAAGGCGGUGGAAGACAAAGCUGAUUCGCUACAAGAACUGAGCGGCAAGAUUUGGUCCCACCCAGAACUUUGCUAUGAAGAGAAGUUUGCCCAUGACACGUUGACCGAGUUCUUGGAGAAGAAUGGUUUUGAAGUGGAGCGCAAGUACAAAGUGGAUACAGCGUUCAAGGCUGUGUUCCGACAGGGCAGCGGUGGCGCUAAUAUUGGUCUGCUCUGCGAGUAUGACGCUCUUCCAGACAUAGGACAUGCCUGUGGACACAACCUUAUCGCUGAAUCAGGUGUUGCUGCUGCAUUGGGACUGAAAGCCGCUCUUGAGGCAAACACGUCCACAUCCGGAGUAGUAACUGUGCUUGGCACGCCAGCUGAGGAAGGUGGUGGCGGAAAGUUGGACCUUAUCGAAGCCGAUGCUUUCAGCGAUAUCGACGUCUGCCUCAUGGUGCAUCCGGAGGCCACGAAUAUGCUUUCACCGGGAAUUCUCUCCGUCAAUCACGCGUCUGUGACAUUCACUGGCCGGGCUGCACAUGCUUCUGCCGCACCGUGGGAAGGUGUCAAUGCCCUCGAUGCCGCAGUCAAUGCCUACACUGCCAUGUCAAUGCUGCGACAACAGCUACGCCCCGAGUGCCGUCUUCAUGCAGUCAUCACCAACGGAGGUGCAAAGCCCAACAUUAUUCCGGAGAAAGCUUCCAUGAAGUUCUACAUCAGAGCUCCCACUGACAAAGAGGUUGGUGUCAUGAAGGAGAAGCUAACAUCCAUCAUGAAUGCUGCAGCACUUGCCACUGGCUGUCAAGUAGAAAUAAAAUACCAGGCCGAGGAUUCGCCUGCUUUCUACUCCAACAUGAUCACAAACUGCCAGCUUAUCGAUCGCUACUGUAAGCAUUGGCAGUCGUUUGGCCCUGCAAAUGGCACACUCGCUGCUGAUCGAGUUUGGGCUUCGACGGACAUGGGCAAUGUGUCCUACGUUGUCCCAUCCAUUCACCCGACAUUCAACAUUGGAACGUCGGCAAAUAUUCACACGAGAGACUUUGCUGCUGCUGCUAUGGAGCCCGAAGCACAUGCUGCUACUCGCUGUGUGUCCAAGGCAAUGGCUGCUGUUGGUUGGGAUAUUCUGACUGACAGUGAUCUGCUGAAGGAGGUGAAAGAGAGCUUCAAGCAGCAGCUGGCAAGUAUGGCCUAAGCCUUCCUGACCAUGGUUGCAUCACGCCCAAACGGUCUCGGCUACAGUCCAACAGGAGCGCUGAGCACUUUGCAUUAUUCCCUCCUUGAUGACAGUUGGUGACCGGGCCCACACAUGUGCUUGUCAGUAUUCUACAUGUACAUGUACAUUGUACUGCAGUGUUGCUAGUUCUCAUCAAUGCACGUUGUAGGAUUGAGUCGAACCUUUUACACAUUUUUUUUGAAAUGCCAUAAUUAUCGCCAUGCCCCUAGGCCCUGGAGACUACAAGUACCCCGUAACAUGUACCGGUUUGUGUACAAUGAACUACUACUACUACUACUCAUUGCGGUCCUUACUCAGUUUUGCCCUCAACAUUUUGUUCUACUCUUUUUGUCACUUCCUGUCUGACAACUCUGGGUCAGCGGCCUUCGUAUUUUUAAAACUCAACUCAAAAUACACAUGUCCUCAUAUAACAGCUCCUCAUGUAACCAUGGUAACAUUUAUGUAAACUGUCAGGGAUUGUCAACUGCCAGAAAAUUUAAUUUCUCUUUUAGAGAUUCCGUGUUUUUCUUCUUUUAGAGAUUCCGUGUUUUUCUUCUUUUAGAGAUUCCGUGUUUUUCUUCUUUUAGAGAUUCCGUGUUUUUCUUCUUUUAGUACAGUGUUUUCAUGUACCCUGCGUUUAGAAUUGUCUCAUGUAUUAUAAAAUAAUGUAUUAUAAAUGAUAAUAAUGAUAAGUUUUGAUCAAGCCAUUCCCUUGGACUUUCGAGCAUUCAUUCCUUGA